CGAGCCGGCAGCGUCCGUGGUGGCUCGCCAUGGCGAUGGGCAGCGGCGGCGCGGUCUCGGAACAGGAAGACUCGGUGCUCUUCCGGCGUGGCACCGGCCAGAGUGAUGAUUCUGAUAUUUGGGAUGAUACAGCAUUGAUAAAAGCUUAUGAUAAAGCUGUGGCUUCCUUUAAGCAUGCGCUGAAGAAUGGCGACAUUUGCGAAACUUCAGAUAAGCCAAAAGUCACAGCUAGAAGAAAACCCCCUAAGAAGAAUAAAAACCAAAAGAAGAAUGCCACAGCUCCCUUGAAACAGUGGAAAGUUGGCGACAAAUGUUCUGCCGUUUGGUCAGAAGACAGCUGCAUUUACCCAGCUACCAUUUCUUCUAUUGAUUUUAAGAGAGAAACCUGUGUUGUGGUUUAUACUGGAUAUGGAAACAGAGAGGAACAAAACCUGUCUGAUCUCCUUUCCCCAACCUGUGAAGUAGCUAAUAACACAGGACAGAGCACUCACGAGAAUGAGAGCCCAGCUUCAACAGAUGAAAGUGAAAACUCCUCCAGAUCUCUCAGAAGUAAACCACAGAGCAAGUCCAAAGCUGCGCCGUGGACUUCAUUUCUCCCGCCACCACCCCCAAUGCCAGGGUCAGGACUGGGACCAGGAAAGCCAGGUCUAAGAUUCAAUGGCCCACCACCGCCGCCCCCGCCCCCUCCUCCCUUCUUGCCGUGUUGGAUGCCUCCGUUUCCUUCAGGACCACCAAUAAUUCCUCCACCCCCUCCCAUAUCUCCAGACUGUAUGGAUGACACUGAUGCCCUGGGAAGUAUGCUGAUCUCUUGGUACAUGAGUGGCUACCAUACUGGCUACUACAUGGGUUUCAGACAAAAUAAAAAAGAAGGGAAGUGCUCACAUGCAAAUUAAGCAGUUCAGCUCUCUCCCACAGAGAAGGUGUGUUGGUGUCAUGAACAGAAGUCUCACUGUCAUCUUGUGGACUCUUGGCUGAGUGGUUAUCACCAGUGUUUUCCCAGUCUGGGCUCUGUGCCUCACUCGCCAGUGGAGUGUUUAUAGGAACACACUUUGAGGAACCCAGCGGUGGAAGUCAGUCUGCCAAAGCUGUGACUGAGCACAACUGUAGAACUGUGACUUUCUUAGUGUGUCAAGAUUUUUAUUAAUGCCUUUACAAAUAAAUAAAAGUCCUUUUUUGAACUCUUGACUCUAUAAAUACUUUCCUUUGGGAUAUAUACAGUGAAGUUGAGUAUGUGUAAAGAUACAGAAAGAAAACUCCUCAGACUUACUACCUGGGUAAAGGGUAAUUUGUAGGACAGAUUGAAGGUUGGAGAACAAAAGCUAGCUCAUGUCACAAGGACUCCACUGCCAGCCGGUAACCAAGGUGUGUUCUGGUUUGUUUGUGUGUGUGUAUCUUUCAUGAAUCAGAUCUGGAGGUCAGAGAACAACCUGUGAAGCCUUCUCUUUGUCUACUAUAUAGGUUCUAGGGAUUGAAUUCAGGUGGCAGGUGGCAGGUGGCAGGCACCUUUACCUGUUGUUGCCAUCUCUCCAGCUUGUUUUGUAACCCGACUUUCCUGUAAUUUACAGUUCUCUUGACUCAGCCUCCCAAAUGCUGACAUCACAGGCAGACAUCACCACACCUAACUGUGUUGUCUUUUAGAAGUGUAUUGUUCUCUUUGCACCUUCUCCUGUCUGUCUUCCUAGUCUCCCUGUGUACCCUGAUGUCCCUUACCUCACUGUGUAUCCUGCCUAACCCCAUUGCCCGCCACUCUCCCCAUAGCCAUGCAGUUCCAUGUGCACCUUCAUUAGAUUCUGGUGAUGAGGACUGGUGUCAUGCACUUGGGCUUCUCCCUGGAUCAGUCACCUCUGGAGAAAAAGAUCAGUAUGUCCCCUCUGUUCAGAUGGAGUCCAUAGUAGAACUUGUACAAGGCCCUGGGUUUCAUCUCCACUACCGUAGGAACAGAAUAAGUUUUGGCUAGAUAAACUAAGUUAAUAGCCGUCAAGUAAGUAUUAUUAAAUUAAUAAACAGUCAGUACCUAGUAAGUAGCUUUGCCAAAUAUGUGAGCUUUCAGAAGGGACUAUUACCUUUCACGACUAUUGGCUGUUAUAGAUUGGGUACAACUUCAUAGGUUAAUUUUCAGGUUAAAUUUAAUUAUUAAUCUAUCCAGUUAACUUCUAACUAGAUAUUAGACAUUAACAUUAAUUUUAUUUCCCUUUAGUAGCUAACAUAUUUAUUUGGACUGAGGUUAUUCAUUCCGGCAAGUGCUCACCUUUUUUAAAUGCUGGGACUUGCUCUUGGUGGAACUAGGAUACAUUCUCUGUUGGCAUAUGAUGUAGUCGCGGCUACUUGAGAAACUGAGGUAGCAGGAUUCAGCAGUUAAGACCAGCCUGGCCAACAUAAUGAGACCAUGUCUAGUACAGUAACAACAGAGAAAAAGGCUGGACUAAAGAAAA